UAUAUAAACCAAAAACUGUGUCACAAUCGGGCAUACGCUGUCGACACGCUCCAAGAAUAAGCCUUAACAGUUUUCUGCACUGAUUGCGCUACACACAACUUUUUAAAAUGGCUCUAAAAAACGUCAAGCUUUACUACUUCGAUGGCAGAGGUCGUGCUGAGGUGACACGGUUAAUGCUGGCAGCAGCAGGCGUCAAGUACGAAGACAUCAGAUACACUUCACAGACAUGGCCCGCCGAGAAGUCAAAAAUGCCUUUUGGGCAAGUACCAGUAAUAAGUGUAGAUGGCAAAAUGUUUGGCCAGAGCCUUGCAAUAGCAACUUUCGUUGCCAAGGAAGCUGGAUUUUAUCCAAAAAGUAAUCUUGAUGGGUUAAAAGUGGAUCAAGUAGUUCAGCUGGGAGUUGACUUUCAAACAGCAGCAGGGAAAGCUUUUUUUGAGAAAGAUGAAGCUAAAAAGAGUGAGCUUCAGAAAGAUCUCAAGGAAGUACAGGUGCCCAAGUACUUAGACUUGUUUGAAAAACUUUUGAAAGAAUCUGGCACAGGAUAUUUCUUUGGCACAACGUUAACACUUGCAGACUUCUUCAUCUAUGAUCUCAUCUCCGGUUUGAUAGGCAGAGGAGUCCUCAGCACAUCCAAACAUCCAUUAGUGGAUGGGUUAGUUAAGAAAGUUGAAAGUAAUGCUAAUGUAAAAACUUACCUGGCAAACAGAAAGAAGACUGAUUUUUAAUACAGAAUAGAAACCUCCAGAUUUUAAAAUUACCUGUCCAUUAAAAAAGAUUUAAAGCUUUGUAACACAAAAAAAAACAAAAACUAA